GCAGACGGCCGGGGAUCGAGUUUGAUUCAGAUGGUGUCGACGGUGGGAGUAGAGACUAGAAUGGAGAACUCGCAGAAUCGAAUCCGGAAGCGGCCAAGGUCGGCGUGGGACGUCGGCCCAUCGCAAUCGGAACCGGAGGCUCAACGGGCUGUGAUGGCAUGUAAUGAAGGGAAUGGAAGGCGUGGAUCGCCUCCGAAACGGGACGAUGAUCGGGAAGGGCAUUAUAUUUACAAUCUCGGGGAGAAUCUCACUUCAAGAUAUAAAAUACUUAACAAGAUGGGUGAAGGCACAUUUGGCCGAGUUUUGGAAUGUUGGGACCGUCAAACACGAGAGUAUGUGGCAAUCAAGGUAGUUCGAAGCAUACGAAAAUAUCGGGAAGCAGCAAUGAUUGAGGUUGAUGUGCUUGAACAGCUAGCUAAGCAUGAUAAGGGCAACUCACGCUGUGUGCAGAUUCGCACUUGGUUUGAUUACCGCAAUCACAUUUGCAUUGUGUUUGAGAAGCUUGGACCAAGCUUAUUUGAUUUUAUAAAGAGAAAUAAAUACUGCCCAUUCCCUGUGGAUCUUGUUCGGGAAUUUGGACGACAGCUUUUGGAAUCUGUAGCAUAUAUGCACGACUUACGCUUAAUUCACACUGACCUGAAGCCAGAAAAUAUUCUUCUUGUGUCCUCUGAAUAUGUAAAGCUUCCUGGUUCUAAGAGGUUUUCUUCAGAUGAAACAAAUUACAGGUGCUUGCCCAAGUCUAGUGCCAUUAAGCUGAUUGAUUUUGGUAGUACAGUGUCUGAUGAUCAGAACCAUAGCUCCAUUGUUUCUACCAGGCAUUACAGAGCCCCUGAGAUUAUUCUAGGUCUAGGAUGGACUUACCCCUGUGAUCUGUGGAGUGUAGGGUGCAUUCUUAUUGAACUUUGUUCGGGUGAGGCAUUAUUUCAGACGCACGAGAACUUGGAGCAUUUGGCAAUGAUGGAGAGGGUAUUGGGACCUCUGCCACAGCAUAUGACCCGAAAGGCCAACCAUGGUGCUGAAAAGUAUUUUAGGCGGGGUGCACGACUGAAUUGGCCUUUAGGAGCAGUUUCAAGGGAGAGCAUUAGAGCUGUUAAGAAGCUCAACUGUUUAAAGGAUCUGAUAUUGCGACUUGUAGGGUCGUCGAAAGCCAGUUCCUACCUGACUGAUUUGUUGUACGGGUUGCUGAAAUAUGAUCCUUCUGAACGCCUCACGGCUCGACAGGCACUCGAUCACCCCUUCUUCAAGAUUCCAACCUGAGGAACCGCAUUGCGAAAUACAAUUGGGUUCCCUAUGUUAGUAUUCGAAGAAGGCAAAGCUAGCUCUUCUAAGGAUAGCGAGAGAUCGAGGGGGAGAGAGAUGGAGAGAGCUCAAAUAGUAAGUUGAGCUUCACUUGUAUAUGUACAAAUAGUAUAGUGGCCUCAUCUAUGAAAUACUGAACUUUUUCACUUACCCA